AUGCAAGCAGAGGAAGCGCAAGCAGAGGAAGCACAAGCAGAGGAAGCGCAAGCAGAGGAAGCACAAGCAGAGGAAGCGCAAGCAGAGGAAGCACAAGCAGAGGAAGCACAAGCAGAGGAGCGCAAGCAGAGGAAGCACAAGCAGAGGAAGCGCAAGCAGAGGAAGCGCAAGCAGAGGAAGCGCAAGCAGAGGAAGCAACAGCAGAGGAAGCGCAAGCAGAGGAAGCACAAGCAGAGGAAGCGCAAAGGAGCACAAGCAGAGGAAGCGCAAGCAGAGGAAGCGCAAGCAGAGGAAGCACAAGCAGAGGAAGCACAAGCAGAGGAAGCACAAGCAGAGGAAGCGCAAGCAGAGGAAGCGCAAGCAGAGGAAGCGCAAGCAGAGGAAGCACAAGCAGAGGAAGCGCAAGCAGAGGAAGCACAAGCAGAGGAAGCGCAAGAAGAGGAAGCACAAGCAGAGGAAGCACAAGCAGAGGAAGCACAAGCAGAGGAGCGCAAGCAGAGGAAGCGCAAGCAAAGGAAGCGCAAGCAGAGGAAGCGCAAGCAGAGGAAGCACAAGCAGAGGAAGCGCAAGCAGAGGAAGCACAAGCAGAGGAAGCGCAAGCAGAGGAAGCAAGCAGAGGAAGCACAAGCAGAGGAGCGCAAGCAGAGGAAGCGCAAGCAAAAGCAAAAAGAGGAAGCACAAGCAGAGGAAGCGCAAGUAGAGGAAGCACAAGCAGAAGAAGCGCAAGCAGAGGAAGCGCAAGCAGAGGAAGCACAAGCAGAGGAAGCACAAGCUAGGAAGCACAAGCAGAAGAAGCGCAAGCAGAGGAAGCACAAGAAGAGGAAGCCCAAGCGAGGAAGCACAAGCAGAGGAAGCACAAGCAGAGGAAGCGCAAGCAGAGGAAGCACAAGCAGAGGAAGCGCAAGCAGAGGAAGCACAAGCAGAGGAAGCACAAGCAGAGGAAGCACAAGCAGAGGAGCGCAAGCAGAGGAAGCGCAAGCAGAGGAAGCGCAAGCAGAGGAAGCGCAAGCAAAGGAAGCGCAAGCAGAGGAAGCGCAAGUAGAGGAAGCACAAGCAGAGGAAGCGCAAGUAGAGGAAGCACAAGCAGAGGAAGCGCAAGCAGAGGAAGCGCAAGCAGAGGAAGCGCAAGCAGAGGAAGCGCAAGCAGAGGAAGCGCAAGUAGAGGAAGCACAAGAAGCGCAAGCAGAGGAAGCGCAAGAAGAGGAAGCGCAAGCAGAGGAAGCACAAGCAGAGGAAGCACAAGCAGAGGAAGCACAAGCAGAGGAAGCACAAGCAGAGGAAGCCCAAGCAAGGAAGCGCAAGCAGAGGAGCGCAAGCAGAGGAAGCACAAGCAGAGGAAGCACAAGCAGAGGAAGCACAAGCAGAGGAAGCACAAGCAGAGGAAGCCAAAGCAAAGGAAGCGCAAGCAGAGGAGCGCAAGCAGAGGAAGCGCAAGAAGAGGAAGCACAAGCAGAGGAAGCACAAGCAGAGGAAGCACAAGUAGAGGAAGCACAAGCAGAGGAAGCACAAGCAGAGGAAGCAAAAGCAGAGGAAGCACAAGCAGAGGAAGCGAAAGCAGAGGAAGCGCAAGCAGAGGAAGCACAAGCAGAGGAAGCGGAAGCAGAGGAAGCACAAGCAGAGGAAGCGCAAGCAGAAGAAGCACAAGCAGAGGAAGCGCAAGUAGAGGAAGCACAAGCAGAGGAAGCCCAAGCAGAGGAGCCCAAGCAGAGGAAGCGCAAGCAGAGGAAGCGCAAGCAGAGGAAGCGCAAGCAGAGGAAGCGCAAGCAGAGGAAGCGCAAGCAGAGGAAGCGCAAGCAGAGGAAGCACAAGCAGAGGAAGCGCAAGCAGAGGAAGCACAAGCAGAGGAAGCACAAGCAGAGGAAGCACAAGCAGAGGAAGCGCAAGCAGAGGAAGUGCAAGCAGAGGAAGCGCAAGAAGAGGAAGCACAAGCAGAGGAAGCGCAAGCAGAGGAAGCACAAGCAGAGAAAGCGCAAGCAGAGGAAGCACAAGCAGAGGAAGCGCAAGCAGAGGAAGCGCAAGCAGAGGAAGCACAAGCAGAGGAAGCACAAGCAGAGGAAGCGCAAGCAGAGGAAGCGCAAGCAAAGGAAGCGCAAGCAGAGGAAGCGCAAGGAGAGGAAGCGCAAGCAGAGGAAGCGCAAGCAGAGGAAGCACAAGCAGAGGAAGCACAAGCAGAGGAGCGCAAGCAGAGAAAGCGUAAGCAAGGAAGAGCAAGCAGAGGAAGCACAAGCAGAGGAAGCGCAAGCAGAGGAAGCGCAAGAAGAGGAAGCGCAAGCAGAGGAAGCGCAAGCAGAGGAAGCGCAAGUAGAGGAAGCACAAGCAGAGGAAGCGCAAGCAGAGGAAGCACAAGCAAGAAGCACAAGCAGAGGAAGCACAAGCAGAGGAGCGAAAGCAGAGGAAGCGCAAGCAGAGGAAGCACAAGCAGAGGAAGCGCAAGGAGAGGAAGCACAAGCAGAGGAAGCGCAAGCAGAGGAAGCACAAGCAGAGGAAGUACAAGCUCAGGAGCUUAAGCAAAGGAAGCGUAAGGAGAGAAGCGCAAGCAGAGGAAGCACAAGCAGAGGAAGCGCAAGAAGAGGAAGCACAAGCAGAGGAAGCAACAGCAGAGGAAGCGCAAGCAGAGGAAGCACAAGCAGAGGAAGCGCAAGUAGAAGAAGCACAAGCAGAGGAAGCAGAAGCAAAGAAGCGCAAGCAGAGGAAGCACAAGCAGAGGAAGCACAAGCAGAGGAAGCGCAAGCAGAGGAAGCACAAGUAGAGGAAGCGGAAGCAGAGGAAGCACAAGCAGAGGAAGCGCAAGCAGAGGAAGCACAAGCAGAGGAAGCACAAGCAGAGGAGCGCAAGCAGAGGAAGCGCAAGCAGAGGAAGCGCAAGCAGAGGAAGCACAAGCAGAGGAAGCGCAAGCAGAGGAAGCGCAAGCAGAGGAGCACAAGCAGAGGAAGCGCAAGCAGAGGAAGCGCAAGCAGAGGAAGAACAAGCAGAGGAAGCACAAGCAGAGGAAGCACAAGCAGAGGAAGCGCAAGCAGAGGAAGCACAAGCAGAGGAAGCGCAAGAAGAGGAAGCACAAGCAGAGGAAGCACAAGCAGAGGAAGCACAAGCAGAGGAGCGCAAGCAGAGGAAACGCAAGCAGAGGAAGCACAAGAAGAGGAAGCGCAAGCAGAGGAAGCACAAGCAGAGGAAGAACAAGCAAAGGAAGCGCAAGCAGAGGAAGCACAAGCAGAGGAAGCGCAAGAAGAGGAAGCACAAGCAGAGGAAGCACAAGCAGAGGAAGCACAAGCAGAGGAGCGCAAGCAGAGGAAGCGCAAGCAGAGGAAGCACAAGCAGAGGAAGCGCAAGCAGAGGAAGCAAAGCAGAGGAAGCGCAAGCAGAGGAAGCACAAGCAGAGGAAGCACAAGCAGAGGAGCGCAAGCAGAGGAAGCACAAGCAAAGGAAGCGCAAGCAGAGGAAGCGCAAGCAGAGGAAGCGCAAGAAGAGGAAGCACAAGCAGAGGAAGCAACAGCAGAGGAAGCGCAAGCAGAGGAAGCGCAAGCAGAGGAAGCACAAGCAGAGGAAGCACAAGAAGAGGAAGCACAAGCAGGGAAGCACAAGCAGAGGAAGCACAAGCAGAGGAAGCACAAGCAGAGGAAGCACAAGCAGAGGAAGCGAAAGCAGAGGAAGCGCAAGCAGAGGAAGCACAAGCAGAGGAAGCGCAAGCAGAGGAAGCACAAGCAAGGAAGCGCAAGCAGAGGAAGCACAAGCAGAGGAAGCGCAAGCAGAGGAAGCACAAGCAGAGGAAGCCAAGCAGAGGAAGCCAAGCAGAGGAAGCGCAAGCAGAGGAAGCGCAAGCAGAGGAAGCGCAAGCAGAGGAAGCGCAAGCAGAGGAAGCGCAAGCAGAGGAAGCGCAAGCAGAGGAAGCACAAGCAGAGGAAGCGCAAGCAGAGGAAGCACAAGCAGAGGAAGCACAAGCAGAGGAAGCACAAGCAGAGGAAGCGCAAGCAGAGGAAGCGCAAGCAGAGGAAGCGCAAGAAGAGGAAGCACAAGCAGAGGAAGCGCAAGCAGAGGAAGCGCAAGCAGAGGAAGCGCAAGCAGAGGAAGCGCAAGCAGAGGAAGCGCAAGCAGAGGAAGCACAAGCAGAGGAAGCACAAGCAGAGGAAGCGCAAGCAGAGGAAGCGCAAGCAGAGGAAGCGCAAGCAGAGGAAGCGCAAGCAGAGGAAGCGCAAGCAGAGGAAGCACAAGCAGAGGAAGCACAAGCAGAGGAGCGCAAGCAAAGAAGCAGGAGCGCAAGCAGAGGAAGCGCAAGCAGAGGAAGCGCAAGCAGAGGAAGCACAAGCAGAGGAAGCGCAAGAAGAGGAAGCACAAGCAGAGGAAGCACAAGCAGAGGAAGCACAAGCAGAGGAGCGCAAGCAGAGGAAACGCAAGCAGAGGAAGCACAAGAAGAGGAAGCGCAAGCAGAGGAAGCAAGCAGAGGAAGAACAAGCAAAGGAAGCGCAAGCAGAGGAAGCACAAGCAGAGGAAGCGCAAGAAGAGGAGCACAAGCAGAGGAAGCACAAGCAGAGGAAGCACAAGCAGAGGAGCGCAAGCAGAGGAAGCGCAAGCAGAGGAAGCACAAGCAGAGGAAGCGCAAGCAGAGGAAGCAAAGCAGAGGAAGCGCAAGCAGAGGAAGCACAAGCAGAGGAAGCACAAGCAGAGGAGCGCAAGCAGAGGAAGCACAAGCAGAGGAAGCGCAAGCAGAGGAAGCGCAAGCAGAGGAAGCGCAAGAAGAGGAAGCACAAGCAGAGGAAGCAACAGCAGAGGAAGCGCAAGCAGAGGAAGCACAAGCAGAGGAAGCACAAGCAGAGGAAGCGCAAGCAGAGGAAGCACAAGCAGAGGAAGCGCAAGCAGAGGAAGCACAAGCAGAGGAAGCGCAAGCAGAGGAAGCACAAGCAGAGGAAGCACAAGCAGAGGAGCGCAAGCAGAGGAAGCGCAAGCAGAGGAAGCGCAAGCAGAGGAAGCACAAGCAGAGGAAGCGCAAGCAGAGGAAGCGGAAGCAGAGGAGCACAAGCAGAGGAAGCGCAAGCAGAGGAAGCGCAAGUUGAGGAAGCACAAGCAGAGGAAGCACAAGCAGAGGAAGCACAAGCAGAGGAAGCGCAAGCAGAGGAAGCGCAAGCAGAGGAAGCGCAAGCAAGGAAGCACAAGCAGAGGAAGCGCAAGCAGAGGAAGCACAAGCAGAGGAAGCGCAAGAAGAGGAAGCACAAGCAGAGGAAGCACAAGCAGAGGAAGCACAAGCAGAGGAGCGCAAGCAGAGGAAGCGCAAGCAAAGGAAGCACAAGAAGAGGAAGCGCAAGCAGAGGAAGCACAAGCAGAGGAAGCGCAAGCAGAGGAAGCACAAGCAGAGGAAGCACAAGAAGAGGAGCGCAAGCAAAGGAAGUGCAAGCAGAGGAAACGCAAAAAGAGGAAGCACAAGCAGAGGAAGCGCAAGUAGAGGAAGCACAAGCAGAAGAAGCGCAAGCAGAGGAAGCGCAAGCAGAGGAAGCGCAAGAAGAGGAAGCACAAGCUAGGAAGCACAAGCAGAAGAAGCGCAAGCAGAGGAAGCACAAGAAGAGGAAGCCCACGAGGAAGCACAAGCAGAGGAAGCGCAAGCAGAGGAAGCACAAGCAGAGGAAGCGCAAGCAGAGGAAGCACAAGCAGAGGAGGCACAAGCAGAGGAAGCACAAGCAGAGGAGCGCAAGCAGAGGAAGCGCAAGCAGAGGAAGCGCAAGCAGAGGAAGCGCAAGCAAAGGAAGCGCAAGCAGAGGAAGCGCAAGUAGAGGAAGCACAAGCAGAGGAAGCGCAAGCAGAGGAAGCACAAGCAGAGGAAGCGCAAGCAGAGGAAGCGCAAGCAGAGGAAGCGCAAGCAGAGGAAGCGCAAGCAGAGGAAGCGCAAGCAGAGGAAGCACAAGUAGAGGAAGCGCAAGCAGAGGAAGCACAAGCAGAGGAAGCGCAAGCAGAGGAAGCACAAGCAGAGGAAGCACAAGCAGAGGAGCUCAAGCAGAGGAAGCGCAAGCAGAGGAAGCACAAGCAGAGGAAGCGCAAGCAGAGGAAGCACAAGCAGAGGAAGCACAAGCAGAGGAAGCGCAAGCAGAGGAAGCACAAGCAAGGAAGUACAAGCAGAGGAGCUCAAGCAGAGGAAGCGCAAGCAAAGGAAGAGCAAGCAGAGGAAGCACAAGCAGAGGAAGCGCAAGCAGAGGAAGCGCAAGCAGAGGAAGCACAAGCAGAGGAAGCGCAAGAAGAGGAAGCACAAGCAGAGGAAGCACAGCAGAGGAAGCGCAAGCAGAGGAAGCACAAGCAGAGGAAGCGCAAGCAGAGGAAGCACAAGCAGAGGAAGCACAAGCAGAGGAAGCACAAGCAGAGGAAGCACAAGCAGAGGAAGCGCAAGCAAAGGAAGCGCAAGCAGAGGAAGCGCAAGCAGAGGAAGCACAAGCAGAGGAAGCGCAAGCAGAGGAAGCAAAGCAGAGGAAGCGCAAGAAGAGGAAGCACAAGCAGAGGAAGCACAAGCAGAGGAAGCACAAGCAGAGGAAGCACAAGCAGAGGAGCACAAGCAGAGGAAGCGCAAGCAGAGGAAGCGCAAGCAGAGGAAGCGCAAGCAGAGGAAGCGCAAGCAGAGGAAGCGCAAGCAGAGGAAGCGCAAGCAGAGGAAGCGCAAGCAGAGGAGCACAAGCAGAGGAAGCGCAAGCAGAGGAAGCGCAAGCAGAGGAAGCACAAGCAAAGGAAGCACAAGCAGAGGAAGCGCAAGCAGAGGAAGCACAAGCAGAGGAAGCGCAAGCAGAGGAAGCACAAGAAGAGGAGCGCAAGCAGAGGAAGUGCAAGCAGAGGAAGCGCAAGCAGAGGAAGCACAAGCAGAGGAAGCGCAAGCAGAGGAAGCACAAGCAGAAGAAGCACAAGCAGAGGAAGCGCAAGCAGAGGAAGCACAAGCAAGGAAGCACAAGCAGAGGAAGCGCAAGCAGAGGAAGCGCAAGCAGAGGAAGCACAAGCAGAGGAAGCUCAAGCAGAGGAGCGCAAGCAGAGGAAGCGCAAGCAGAGGAAGCACAAGCAGAGGAAGCACAAGAAGAGGAAGCACAAGCAGAGGAAGCGCAAGCAGAGGAAGCACAAGCAGAGGAAGCACAAGCAGAGGAAGCACAAGCAGAGGAAGCACAAGCAGAGGAAGCACAAGCAGAGGAAGCACAAGCAGAGGAAGCACAAGCAAAGGAAGCGCAAGCAGAAGAAGCACAAGCAGAGGAAGCGCAAGCAGAGGAAGCACAAGCAGAGGAAGCACAAGCAGAGGAAGCGCAAGCAGAGGAAGCACAAGCAGAGGAAGCGCAAGCAGAGGAAGCGCAAGCAGAGGAAGCACAAGAAGCUCAAGCAGAGGAAGCGCAAGCAGAGGAAGCACAAGCAGAGGAAGCGCAAGCAGAAGAAGCGCAAGCAGAGGAAGCACAAGCAGAGGAAGCGCAAGCAGAGGAAGCACAAGCAGAGGAAGAGCAAGCAGAGGAAGCGCAAGCAGAGGAAGCACAAGCAGAGGAAGCGCAAGCAAAGGAAGCGCAAGCAGAGGAAGCACAAGCAGAGGAAGCACAAGCAGAGGAAGCGCAAGCAAAGGAAGCACAAGCAGAGGAAGCGCAAGCAGAGGAAGCACAAGUAGAGGAAGCGCAAGCAGAGGAAGCACAAGCAGAGGAAGCGCAAGCAAAGGAAGUGAAAGCAGAGGAAGCACAAGCAGAGGAAGCACAAGCAGAGGAAGCGCAAGCAGAGGAAGCACAAGCAGAGGAAGCGCAAGCAGAGGAAGCACAAGCAGAGGAAGCACAAGCAGAGGAGCGCAAGCAGAGGAAGCACAAGCAGAGGAAGCGCAAGCAGAGGAAGCGCAAGCAGAGGAAGCGCAAGAAGAGGAAGCACAAGCAGAGGAAGCAACAGCAGAGGAAGCGCAAGCAGAGGAAGCACAAGCAGAGGAAGCGCAAGCAGAGGAAGCACAAGCAGAGGAAGCACAAGCAAAGAAGCGCAAGCAGAGGAAGCACAAGCAGAGGAAGCACAAGCAGAGGAGCGCAAGCAGAGGAAGCACAAGCAGAGGAAGCACAAGCAGAGGAAGCACAAGCAGAGGAAGCACAAGCAGAGGAAGCGCAAGCAGAGGAAGCGCAAGCAGAGGAAGCACAACAGAGGAAGCGCAAGCAGAGGAAGCACAAGCAGAGGAAGCGCAAGCAGAGGAAGCACAAGCAGAGGAAGCACAAGCAGAGGAGCGCAAGCAGAGGAAGCACAAGCAGAGGAAGCGCAAGCAGAGGAAGCGCAAGCAGAGGAAGCGCAAGAAGAGGAAGCACAAGCAGAGGAAGCACAAGCAAAGAAGCGCAAGCAGAGGAAGCACAAGCAGAGGAUGCGCAAGCAGAGGAAGCACAAGCAGAGGAAGCACAAGCAGAGGAGCACAAGCAGAGGAAGCGCAAGCAGAGGAAGCGCAAGAAGAGGAAGCACAAGCAGAGGAAGCGCAAGCAGAGGAAGCGGAAGCUGAGGAGUCACAAGCAGAGGAAGCGCAAGCAGAGGAAGCGCAAGUUGAGGAAGCACAAGCAGAGGAAGCACAAGCAGAGGAAGCACAAGCAGAGGAAGCGCAAGCAGAGGAAGCGCAAGCAGAGGAAGCGUAAGCAGAGGAAGCACAAGCAGAGGAAGCGCAAGCAGAGGAAGCACAAGCAGAGGAAGCGCAAGAAGAGGAAGCACAAGCAGAGGAAGCACAAGCAGAGGAAGCACAAGCAGAGGAGCGCAAGCAGAGGAAGCGCAAGCAAAGGAAGCACAAGAAGAGGAAGCGCAAGCGAAGGAAGCACAAGCAGAGGAAGCGCAAGCAGAGGAAGCAUAAGCAGAGGAAGCGCAAGCAGAGGAGCGCAAGCAGAGGAAGUGCAAGCAGAGGAAAUGCAAAAGGAGGAAGCACAAGCAGAGGAAGCGCAAGUAGAUGAAGCACAAGCAGAAGAAGCGCAAGCAGAGGAAGCGCAAGCAGAGGAAGCGCAAGCAGAGGAAGCACAAGCUAAGGAAGCACAAGCAGAAGAAGCGCAAGCAGAGGAAGCACAAGAAGAGGAAGCCCACUUCGAGGAAGCACAAGCAGAGGAAGCACAAGCAGAGGAAGCGCAAGCAGAGGAAGCACAAGCAGAGGAAGCGCAAGCAGAGGAAGCACAAGCAGAGGAAGCACAAGCAGAGGAAGCACAAGCAGAGGAGCGCAAGCAGAGGAAGCGCAAGCAGAGGAAGCGCAAGCAGAGGAAGCGCAAGCAAAGGAAGCGCAAGCAGAGGAAGCGCAAGCAGAGGAAGCACAAGCAGAGGAAGCGCAAGCAGAGGAAGCACAAGCAGAGGAAGCGCAAGCAGAGGAAGCGCAAGCAGAGGAAGCGCAAGCAGAGGAAGCGCAAGCAGAGGAAGCGCAAGCAGAGGAAGCACAAGCAGAGGAAGCGCAAGCAGAGGAAGCACAAGCAGAGGAAGCGCAAGCAGAGGAAGCACAAGCAGAGGAAGCACAAGCAGAGGAGCGCAAGCAGAGGAAGCGCAAGCAGAGGAAGCGCAAGCAGAGGAAGCGCAAGCAGAGGAAGCACAAGCAGAGGAAGCACAAGCAGAGGAAGCACAAGCAGAGGAAGCACAAGCAGAGGAAGCGCAAGCAAGGAAGCGCAAGCAGAGGAGCGCAAGCAGAGGAAGCACAAGCAGAGGAAGCACAAGCAGAGGAAGCCAAAGCAGAGGAAGCGCAAGCAGAGGAGCGCAAGCAGAGGAAGCGCAAGAAGAGGAAGCACAAGCAGAGGAAGCACAAGCAGAGGAAGCACAAGCAGAGGAAGCACAAGCAGAGGAAGCACAAGCAGAGGAAGCACAAGCAGAGGAAGCACAAGCAGAGGAAGCACAAGCAGGGAAGCGCAAGCAGAGGAAGCGCAAGCAGAGGAAGCACAAGCAGAGGAAGCGCAAGCAGAAGAAGCACAAGCAGAGGAAGCGCAAGCAGAAGAAGCACAAGCAGAGGAAGCCAAGCAGAGGAGCCAAGCAGAGGAGCGCAAGCAGAGGAAGCGCAAGCAGAGGAAGCGCAAGCAGAGGAAGCGCAAGCAGAGGAAGCGCAAGCAGAGGAAGCGCAAGCAGAGGAAGCGCAAGCAGAGGAAGCGCAAGCAGAGGAAGCACAAGCAGAGGAAGCGCAAGCAGAGGAAGCACAAGCAGAGGAAGCAUAAGCAGAGGAAGCACAAGCAGAGGAAGCGCAAGCAGAGGAAGUGCAAGCAGAGGAAGCGCAAGAAGAGGAAGCACAAGCAGAGGAAGCGCAAGCACAAGAAGCAGAAGCAGAGGAAGGGCAAGCAGAGGAAGCACAAGCAGAGGAGCGCAAGCAGAGGAAGCGCAAGCAGAGGAAGCGCAAGCAGAGGAAGCGCAAGCAGAGGAAGCGCAAGCAGAGGAAGCACAAGCAGAGGAAGCGCAAGCAAAGGAAGCACAAGCAGAGGAAGCACAAGCAGAGGAGCGCAAGCAGAGGAAGCGCAAGCAGAGGAAGCGCAAGCAGAGGAAGCGCAAGCAGAGGAAGCACAAGCAGAGGAGCGCAAGCAGAGGAAGCGCAAGCAGAGAACGCAAGCAGAGGAAGCGCAAGCAGAGGAAGCACAAGCAGAGGAAGCGCAAGCAGAGGAAGCACAAGCAGAGGAAGCACAAGCAGAGGAGCGCAAGCAGAGGAAGCGCAAGCAAAGGAAGCACAAGCAGAGGAAGCGUAAGGAGGAAGCACAAGCAAAGGAAGCGCAAGCAGAGGAAGCGCAAGAAGAGGAAGCACAAGCAGAGGAAGCGCAAGCAGAGGAAGCGCAAGCAGAGGAAGCACAAGCAGAGGAAGCGCAAGCAGAGGAAGCACAAGCAAGAAGCACAAGCAGAGGAAGCACAAGCAGAGGAGCGCAAGCAGAGGAAGCGCAAGCAGAGGAAGCACAAGCAGAGGAAGCGCAAGCAGAGGAAGCACAAGCAGAGGAAGCGCAAGCAGAGGAAGCACAAGCAGAGGAAGUACAAGCAGAGGAGCGCAAGCAGAGGAAGCGUAAGGAGAGGAAGCGCAAGCAGAGGAAGCACAAGCAGAGGAAGCGCAAGAAGAGGAAGCACAAGCAGAGGAAGCAACAGCAGAAGAAGCGCAAGCAGAGGAAGCACAAGCAGAGGAAGCGCAAAGGAGCGCAAGCAGAGGAAGCGCAAGCAGAGGAAGCGCAAGCAGAGGAAGCACAAGAAGAGGAAGCGCAAGCAGAGGAAGCGCAAGCAGAGGAGCACAAGCAGAGGAAGCGCAAGCAGAGGAAGCGCAAGCAGAGGAAGCACAAGCAGAGGAAGCACAAGCAGAGGAAGCACAAGCAGAGGAAGCGCAAGCAGAGGAAGCACAAGCAGAGGAAGCGCAAGAAGAGGAAGCACAAGCAGAGGAAGCGCAAGCAGAGGAAGCACAAGCAGAGGAAGCGCAAGCAGAGGAAGCACAAGCAGAGGAAGCGCAAGCAGAGGAAGCACAAGCAGAGGAAGCACAAGCAGAGGAGCACAAGCAGAGGAAGCGCAAGCAGAGGAAGCGCAAGCAGAGGAAGCACAAGCAGAGGAAGCGCAAGCAGAGGAAGCACAAGCAGAGGAAGCAAAGCAGAAGAAGCGCAAGCAGAGGAAGCACAAGCAGAGGAAGCACAAGCAGAGGAAGCGCAAGCAGAGGAAGCACAAGCAGAGGAAGCGCAAGCAGAGGAAGCACAAGCAAAGGAAGCGCAAGCAGAGGAAGCACAAGCAGAGGAAGCACAAGCAGAGGAGCGCAAGCAGAGGAAGCGCAAGCAGAGGAAGCGCAAGCAGAGGAAGCCCAAGCAGAAGAAGCGCAAGCAGAGGAAGCGCAAGCAGAGGAGCACAAGCAGAGGAAGCGCAAGCAGAGGAAGCACAAGCAGAGGAAGCGCAAGCAGAGGAAGCACAAGCAGAGGAAGCGCAAGAAGAGGGAAGCACAAGCAGAGGAAGCACAAGCAAGAGGAAGCACAAGCAGAGGAGCACAAGAAGAGGAAGCACAAGCAGAGGAAGCACAAGCAGAGGAAGCGCAAGCAGAGGAAGCACAAGCAGAGGAAGCACAAGCAGAGGAAGCACAAGCAGAGGAGCGCAAGCAGAGGAAGCGCAAGCAGAGGAAGCGCAAGCAGAGGAAGCGCAAGCAAAGGAAGCGCAAGCAGAGGAAGCGCAAGCAGAGGAAGCACAAGCAGAGGAAGCGCAAGCAGAGGAAGCACAAGCAUAGGAAGCGCAAGCAGAGGAAGCGCAAGCAGAGGAAGCGCAAGCAAAGGAAAGCAAGCAGAGGAAGCGCAAGCAGAGGAAGCACAAGCAGAGGAAGCGCAAGCAGAGGAAGCACAAGCAGAGGAAGCGCAAGCAGAGGAAGCACAAGCAGAGGAAGCACAAGCAGAGGAGCGGAAGCAGAGGAAGCGCAAGCAGAGGAAGCGCAAGCAGAGGAAACGCAAGAAGAGGAAGCACAAGCAGAGGAAGCACAAGCAGAGGAAGCACAAGCAGAGGAAGCACAAGCAGAGGAAGCGCAAGCAGAGGAAGCGCAAGCAGAGGAGCGCAAGCAGAGGAAGCACAAGCAGAGGAAGCACAAGCAGAGGAAGCCAAAGCAAAGGAAGCGCAAGCAGAGGAGCGCAAGCAGAGGAAGCGCAAGCAGAGGAAGCACAAGCAGAGGAAGCACAAGCAGAGGAAGCACAAGCAGAGGAAGCACAAGCAGAGGAAGCACAAGCAGAGGAAGCACAAGCAGAGGAAGCACAAGCAGAGGAAGCACAAGCAGAGGAAGCGAAAGCAGAGGAAGCGCAAGCAGAGGAAGCACAAGCAGAGGAAGUGCAAGCAGAGGAAGCACAAGCAGAGGAAGCCCAAGCAGAGGAGCCCAAGCAGAGGAAGCGCAAGCAGAGGAAGCGCAAGCAGAGGAAGCGCAAGCAGAGGAAGCGCAAGCAGAGGAAGCGCAAGCAGAGGAAGCGCAAGCAGAGGAAGCGCAAGCAGAGGAAGCGCAAGCAGAGGAAGCACAAGCAGAGGAAGCGCAAGCAGAGGAAGCACAAGCAGAGGAAGCAUAAGCAGAGGAAGCAGAAGCAGAGGAAGCGCAAGCAGAGGAAGUGCAAGCAGAGGAAGCGCAAGAAGAGGAAGCACAAGCAGAGGAAGCGCAAGCACAAGAAGCACAAGCAGAGGAAGCGCAAGCAGAGGAAGCACAAGCAGAGGAGCGCAAGCAAAGGAAGCGCAAGCAGAGGAAGCGCAAGCAGAGGAAGCGCAAGCAGAGGAAGCGCAAGCAGAGGAAGCACAAGCAGAGGAAGCGCAAGCAGAGGAAGCACAAGCAGAGGAAGCACAAGCAGAGGAGCGCAAGCAGAGGAAGCGCAAGCAGAGGAAGCGCAAGCAGAGGAAGCGCAAGCAGAGGAAGCACAAGCAGAGGAGCGCAAGCAGAGGAAGCGCAAGCAGAGAACGCAAGCAGAGGAAGCGCAAGCAGAGGAAGCACAAGCAGAGGAAGCGCAAGCAGAGGAAGCACAAGCAGAGGAAGCACAAGCAGAGGAGCGCAAGCAGAGGAAGCGUAAGCAAAGGAAGCACAAGCAAAGGAAGCGUAAGCAGAGGAAGCACAAGCAGAGGAAGCGUAAGCAGAGGAAGCGCAAGAAGAGGAAGCGCAAGCAGAGGAAGCGCAAGCAGAGGAAGCGCAAGCAGAGGAAGCACAAGCAGAGGAAGCGCAAGCAGAGGAAGCACAAGCAAGAAGCACAAGCAGAGAAAGCACAAGCAGAGGAGCCCAAGCAGAGGAAGCGCAAGCAGAGGAAGCACAAGCAGAGGAAGCGCAAGCAGAGGAAGCACAAGCAGAGGAAGCGCAAGCAGAGGAAGCACAAGCAGAGGAAGUACAAGCAGAGGAGCUCAAGCAGAGGAAGCGUAAGGAGAGCAAGCGCAAGCAGAGGAAGCACAAGCAGAGGAAGCGCAAGAAGAGGAAGCACAAGCAGAGGAAGCAACAGCAGAAGAAGCGCAAGCAGAGGAAGCACAAGCAGAGGAAGCGCAAGCAGAGAAGCACAAGCAGAGGAAGCACAAGCAAAGAAGCGCAAGCAGAGGAAGCACAAGCAAAGGAAGCACAAGCAGAGGAAGCGCAAGCAGAGGAAGCACAAGCAGAGGAAGCGCAAGCAGAGGAAGCACAAGCAGAGGAAGCGCAAGCAGAGGAAGCACAAGCAGAGGAAGCACAAAGGAGCACAAGCAGAGGAAGCGCAAGCAGAGGAAGCGCAAGCAGAGGAAGAACAAGCAGAGGAAGCACAAGCAGAGGAAGCACAAGCAGAGGAAGCGCAAGCAGAGGAAGCACAAGCAGAGGAAGCGCAAGAAGAGGAAGCACAAGCAGAGGAAGCACAAGCAGAGGAAGCACAAGCAGAGGAAGCGCAAGCAGAGGAAGCACAAGCAGAGGAAGCGCAAGCAGAGGAAGCACAAGCAGAGGAAGCGCAAGCAGAGGAAGCACAAGCAGAGGAAGCACAAGCAGAGGAGCUCAAGCAGAGGAAGCGCAAGGAGAGGAAGCGCAAGCAGAGGAAGCACAAGCACAGGAAGCGUAAGCAGAGGAAGCACAAGCAGAGGAAGCAAAGCAGGAAGAAGGCAAGCAGAGGAAGCACAAGCAGAGGAAGCACAAGCAGAGGAAGCGCAAGCAAAGGAAGCGCAAGCAGAGGAAGCACAAGCAGAGGAAGCACAAGCAGAGGAGCGCAAGCAGAGGAAGCGCAAGCAGAGGAAGCGCAAGCAGAGGAAGCCCAAGUAGAAGAAGCGCAAGCAGAGGAAGCGCAAGCAGAGGAGCACAAGCAGAGGAAGCGCAAGCAGAGGAAGCGCAAGCAGAGGAAGCACAAGCAGAGGAAGCACAAGCAGAGGAAGCACAAGCAGAGGAAGCGCAAGCAGAGGAAGCACAAGCAGAGGAAGCGCAAGAAGAGGAAGCACAAGCAGAGGAAGCACAAGCAAGGAAGCACAAGCAGAGGAGCACAAGAAGAGGAAGCACAAGCAGAGGAAGCACAAGAAGAGGAAGCGCAAGCAGAGGAAGCACAAGCAGAGGAAGAACAAGCAGAGGAAGCGCAAGCAGAGGAAGCACAAGCAGAGGAAGCGCAAGCAGAGGAAGCACAAGCAGAGGAAGCACAAGCAGAGGAAGCACAAGCAGAGGAGCGCAAGCAGAGGAAGCGCAAGCAGAGGAAGCACAAGCAGAGGAAGCGCAAGCAGAGGAAGCACAAGCAGAGGAAGCGCAAGCAGAGGAAGCACAAGCAGAGGAAGCACAAGCAGAGGAGCGCAAGCAGAGGAAGCACAAGCAGAGGAAGCACAAGCAGAGGAAGCAAAGCAGAGGAAGCGCAAGCAGAGGAAGCUCAAGCAGAGGAAGCGCAAGUAGAGGAAGCACAAGCAGAGGAAGCACAAGCAAAGAAGCGCAAGCAGAGGAAGCACAAGCAGAGGAAGCACAAGCAGAGGAAGCGCAAGCAGAGGAAGCACAAGCAGAGGAAGCGCAAGCAGAGGAAGCACAAGCAGAGGAAGCGCAAGCAGAGGAAGCACAAGCAGAGGAAGCACAAGCAGAGGAGCGCAAGCAGAGGAAGCGCAAGCAGAGGAAGCGCAAGAAGAGGAAGCACAAGCAGAGGAAGCGCAAGCAGAGGAAGCGGAAGCUAA